AUGUACAUUUACCUCAGUAUUUUAAAUCUGUUGACAGCUGGGAUAAUGAUGGCUCAGCUCCAGCAAGGAGGUCCAGAUGAAAAAGAGAAGACGACUGCAUUAAAGGAUUUACUGUCUAGAAUAGACUUGGAUGAACUAAUGAAAAAAGAUGAACCACCACUUGAAUUUCCUGACACUCUGGAAGGAUUUGAGUAUGUUUUUAAUGAAAAAGGGCAGUUAAGACACAUAAAAACUGGGGAGCCAUUUGUUUUCAAUUAUCGUGAAGAUUUGCAUAGAUGGAACCAAAAGCGCUAUGAAGCUCUUGGAGAGAUCAUUACUAAGUAUGUUUAUGAACUACUGCAAAAGGAAUGCCACUUGAAGAAAGUAACUCUCCCAGUUGAUGCGACUGAGAGUGAACCAAAGAGCUUUAUAUUCAUGAGUGAAGACGCAUUAACAAAUCCUGAUAAGCUGUUGGUGCUAAUUCACGGUAAUGGCGUUGUCAGAGCGGGUCAGUGGGCUAGGAGACUUAUAAUUAACGAAGAUCUGGACAGUGGCACGCAGAUACCGUAUAUAAAGAGAGCUGUUGAGGAAGGCUAUGGAGUAAUAGUACUGAAUCCCAAUGAGAACUAUAUUGAAGUGGAGAAGACAAAAGCCCAAGUACAGCUGUCUUCUGAUAGCUCAGAUGAACCUGCAGAAAAGAGGGAAAGAAAAGACAAAAUCCAGAAAGAAACAAAGAAGCGACGUGACUUCUACGAAAAGUAUCGAAAUCCACAAAAAGAAAAAGAAACUAUGCAGAUGUAUAUUAGAGAUAAUGGAUCUCCUGAAGAACAUGCAAUUUAUGUUUGGGACCAUUUUAUUUCCCAGUCAGCUGCAGAGAACGUGUUCUUUGUUGCUCACAGCUAUGGUGGACUUGCCUUUGUAGAGCUGAUGAUUCAACGAGAGGCAGAAGUAAAGAAUAAGGUAACUGCUGUGGCGUUGACAGACUCUGUUCACAAUGUGUGGCAUCAAGAAGUUGGGAAAACUAUUCGAGAGUGGAUGCGAGAGAACUGCUGCAACUGGGUCUCCAGCUCCGAGCCCCUGGACACUUCGGUGGAGUCCAUGCUGCCCGACUGCCCCCGCGUCUCUGCAGGUACAGAGCGCCACGAACUAACUUCCUGGAAGAGUUUUCCAUCGAUUUUCAAGUUCUUCAGCGAGGCGGUAGAGGCAAAGAACAGCUCGGUGAAACCAGCCCCGACGCGGCGCUCCAACAGGAUAAAAUAUGAAGAAUUGUAA